AUGUCUGCGGUGGCCUGCCUGGACUACUUCGCCGCCGAGUGCCUGAUGUCCAUCUCCACAGGGGCCGUGGUGCACCGGCCGGCCGCCGCCCUGGCCCAGCCCGACCCCCCGCCCCCUGGGGACUGCAGCCGGGAGGUGCGGGAAACGCUGCCCAAGGCGGGGAGCGGCUCCGGCGGCGGGCUGGCCACGCUUCCCGGGGCUGCGGCCCCGGCGCCCCCUAACCUGCUGGCCGUGGCCACCAUCCUGACGGACCUGGGCGGGCUGCGCCCCACCUCCACGCGCUCGGACGGCGGCAACUCCUCAUCGUCCUCUUCGUCCUGUUCCUACCCCGGGGAGGCAGGAGAUCCCGAGAGUGGUACCGCUAGCCCGCUUCGCCCCGCCGCCGCCGCCCGCUGCCACAGCCCUUCGCCGCCUGGCAAGCGCCAUCCGUGCCUCUUCCCGGACUGCCUGAAAGUUUACGGGAAAUCGUCCCACCUGAAGGCUCACAUGCGAACGCAUACAGGUGAAAGGCCAUUCCCCUGCACUUGGCUGGGCUGCAGCAAGAAAUUUGCACGCUCAGAUGAACUGGCCCGGCAUUUCCGCACCCACACAGGGGAGAAGAGGUUCUGCUGCCCACUCUGCGAUAAGCGUUUCAUGCGCAGCGACCACCUGACAAAGCAUGCUCGCCGCCACCCCACCUUUCACCCUGCCAUGAUCAAGCGCCAGGGCCCCCAAAGCACAGGUCCCAGUGACAUGCCGGCCUCUACGCCUUGCAGUCCCAGUCCCACAACCAGCCCUGCCAAGUUCCUCCUAUAGGGUGCAGGGAUUGGGCGCUCAGCACAACCCCAGGACUCCUCUCACCUGGCCAGGGUGAGAAGGAACUCUGUCGAGCUCACCAGCACCACAGGACUGGCCAGGCCUUGGGCCCCCGUCUUCCCAGGCCUGGCGUGUUCUGCCCCUCUAAGGAGCAACAUUCCAGAAAAAAAGGCCAACAGAAGGCAGAGAACUGAUCCCUUCUUCCGUUUUUUUUCUUCCCUCUUGAGCUUCCUGUCCACCUGCUGUUGCUCCUGCUCAGUGAUUGGGUUGACUUCAUCUCGUUUCUACUCCCUUCUUCCCCUCUACCCAACGCUUGCAUAGCAGAGUGAAUGGCAUGGACCUUCCUCAGAGCCAAAGUCAUAAGACGAGAAUGGGCUCAAUUGUUUUAAUUGUCUCCAUCGUGGUGAGAUUGAAGAAGUGAAGCAACAGCUGAGAAGUGACAGCUCCUCUUCCUGUUUCCUUGGCAUGAUGACUGUCUGACAAAGGGUUCGGGCCAGAGUGGGGCGGGCCAUAAGGCGUGCACCAGCAGUUAUUACUGGGGAAGCUGAGGAAGAGGAGUGGGUGUUCUUUCUGGACACUUUGUCAAGUCAUGGAAGCUUGGAGUAGCUUUUUCUGAGACUGGAUGAAGAGAGUUUGGGAAAAGGGCUGAACCCUGAUUCUGUUUCCUCUGUUCUGCACUAGAUGUUCCACAGUCCUUCAGGUUACAACCCCUUUGCAGGUGGAAAUGAGCUGAUCCAAGCCUCGUUUGCAACAAGAAUUCCCAGAGCUCCUAGGAUGUCUUAUCUCUUAAACUUACAGAAAACCCUUCCCCAUAGAGUUGAGCACCCAUCAAAAGAAUUCAGUUGAAGGACAGUUCUUAAUUGUCUGUCAUGCCUAAAAGGAGGCAGGACUUUGGAGAAGGAAUAAUUUCUAUUUAUGUACAUAGUGAUGGCUUUUUUUAAAACUAUAUAUUAAAUGUGGAAUCCAAGUUGAUGAGAAGCAGGGACUCCUAGUGUGUCUUAGCUAGCAGGGUUUGUGACCUCAAGGAGCUGAGGAGGCCCAUGUUGGCUCAUUCCUCUUGGAGAGUUGAAGAGAGAGAGUGAGGGUGUGUGUGUGUGUAUGUGUGUAUACUUUGACUCUUGUACUGUGUGUACAAUCACUACUUUUGGUCCUUCAGAUCCUCAUUUGGCCCUUUGUGAAUUGCUCAUUCACAAGUAUGGGGCAAAUAACACAAACUGAUUGGGUUUGUUAAGGUGUUUGGGGGAGACACCGUGGCCAAUGUGAUUCAGAAGUCAGUUUGAAUUCACUUUGCAGGGAAUUCUAUAAAGCAGAUUAAGUUGCUGGUGUCAUUCUCCAAAAUAUUCUCCUGAGCUCCAGGGGUUUAACUGCUCAGGGUAAGGAGAGUUAGAAUUCAGUUGGUUUAACCCAGCCCCACAACAAGUGUUGUAACAUUUUCCAUGCUCUCCAAUUACAUUCUCCCUUUAGCCUAACAGAUCUGAACAGGACACUUGGGGGCUGGCAGUGAAUGUGAAGCUUGGUGGUGAGCUGGCCUCUGGUUUAUCUUGUCUGGGCCUCAUGAGUCUGCCUCAGUCUCUAGCCCAGUCCCUUCCUCUUAAAGGGAAACUAUUAAAGAUGUUUGGGGAAAUUGGUAGGUAACCCCUAUCAAAAUCUGAGUUGCCUCCCUGCUGCCCUCUCUCUCCACGCAAUUACACUUCUUGUUAAUCUCAGGUGUCAGUAGGGUCUUGUUACUGUACUUUCCAGUGGAACUGCGGCAGGGGACUUGACCGCUGGCAGGCAGGCUUAUUUAUUUCUCUGUUUACAGACAUGUGUUUGGUUUCUUCACCUAUAGGCGAGGAGGGGUAUAUGGCCCUUUCCAAAGAACUGGUAAAUCAGUUUAGACCUGAGCAGGGUGCCUUUGUCAGGCCCUCCCCCAUAAAUCCAUCCUGGCAUGUACUUCUCCUGUCUAGGGUGAAUGACAAUAGGGCAGAAAGCUGAAUUUAAUUUUUCUCUACCCCUUCUGGGAUGGGGCAGUCUGGCAGGCAGCCUGCUUACUUUCUUGGCCUGGGGGCAGGAGGAACAGGUCUAUAUCGGGGUGAGUUUGGAAUUAUUCUGGGUUAAUUAGAAUCUGCCUGGCAUCCAUGCAGCCUCCUCCGGCUCCCUCGGAUUCCCCCAGUACACUGCACUGCUCCAUUCCCUUCUCCCAACGUGAUGGUUCCUUGUCACCCAUGAUCCCCACUUGCCUUUCUCUGCAUCUUCUCAAACCAAGUUGUACUCUCUGCAAGCCGUAGUUUCAGAAGCUGUUUCUUUGGAACCAUUCCCUACUAUCUUUCCAGGCUACUUCCCAGGGAGAAUGAUUGUCAUUUCCCCAAAACCCUUGUGAUCUUUGGCUCAGUUCUGCACAUUCUCCUUUGUGUCUGGCCCGCUAUACCUGGAUUCUGUGCAGGGGUGUCAGGAUUUCAUUUGCAUUCACACUGGACCUAUAGAAAACUUUUAUUACCUUUAAGCAAAAAAUUGGCCCCAGCUGGACCUGGUUUCUAAUGCUGGCU